CUAUUUCGGCCUCCGGGCCAUAGACGCAAUCGUCCGCGGAGAGUGGAGGCGCGCGAGCCGAGGUCGUCGGACACCAUGGCGGACAGCCGGGAUCCAGCCAGCGACCAGAUGAAGCUGUGGAAGGAGCAGCGGGCUGCGCAGAAACCCGAUGUCCUGACCACGGGAGGUGGUAACCCAAUAGGAGACAAGCUUAACAUUAUCACCGCAGGGCCCCGUGGGCCCCUUCUUGUUCAGGAUGUGGUUUUCACUGAUGAAAUGGCUCACUUUGACCGAGAGAGGAUUCCAGAGAGAGUUGUGCACGCUAAAGGAGCAGGGGCCUUUGGCUACUUUGAGGUCACUCAUGACAUCACCAAGUACUCCAAGGCAAGAGUGUUUGAGCAUAUUGGAAAGAAGACACCCAUUGCAGUUCGAUUCUCCACUGUGGCUGGAGAGUCAGGCUCAGCUGACACAGUUCGUGAUCCUCGUGGGUUUGCGGUGAAAUUUUACACCGAAGAUGGUAACUGGGAUCUUGUUGGAAACAACACCCCCAUUUUCUUCAUCAGGGAUGCCAUACUGUUUCCCUCCUUUAUUCAUAGCCAGAAGAGAAACCCUCAAACGCACCUGAAGGACCCCGACAUGGUGUGGGACUUCUGGAGCCUGCGUCCCGAGUCCCUGCAUCAGGUUUCUUUCUUGUUCAGUGAUCGAGGGAUUCCGGAUGGACAUCGGCACAUGAAUGGAUAUGGAUCGCAUACUUUCAAGCUGGUUAAUGCAAAGGGAGAGGCAGUUUAUUGCAAAUUCCAUUAUAAGACUGACCAGGGCAUCAAAAACCUCUCUGUUGAAGAGGCAGCAAGACUUUCCCAGGAAGACCCCGACUAUGGCCUCCGUGAUCUUUUCAAUGCCAUUGCCAAUGGCAACUUCCCAACCUGGACUUUUUACAUCCAGGUCAUGACAUUUGAUCAGGCGGAAACUUUUCCAUUUAACCCAUUUGAUCUCACCAAGAUUUGGCCUCACAAGGACUACCCUCUUAUCCCAGUUGGCAAACUGGUCUUGAACCGAAAUCCAGUUAAUUACUUUGCUGAGGUUGAACAGAUAGCCUUUGACCCAAGCAACAUGCCACCUGGCAUUGAGCCCAGCCCUGACAAAAUGCUUCAGGGCCGCCUUUUUUCCUAUCCUGACACUCACCGCCACCGCCUGGGCCCCAACUAUCUUCAGAUACCUGUGAACUGUCCCUACCGUGCUCGAGUGGCAAACUACCAGCGAGAUGGCCCCAUGUGUGUGAACCACAACCAAGGUGGUGCUCCCAACUACUACCCCAACAGCUUCAGCGCCCCGGUGGAGCAGCGCUACGCCCUGGAGCACACCAGCCGCUGUUCUGCAGAGGUGAGGCGCUACAACAGUGCUGAUGAGGACAACGUCACCCAGGUGCGGACCUUCUAUACAGAAGUGCUGAACGAGCCGGAGCGGAGACGCCUGUGUGAGAACAUCGCCGGCCACCUGAAGGACGCUCAGCUCUUCAUCCAGAAGAAAGCGGUCAAGAACUUCACAGAUGUCCACCCUGACUAUGGGGCCUGCAUCCAGGCUCUUUUGGACAAAUACAACACUGAGAAGCCUAAGAACACAAUUCACACCUUUGUGCAGGCCGGAUCUCACUUGGCUGCAAAGGAGAAAGCUAACCUGUGAGGCUCCUUCGGCAGGAAGCUCUGCACCUGCUACCCAGAGCAUCGCGCUCGCACCGUAACCUACUUAUCGCUCAAUGGAAGAUUCUCCUGCGCCAUGUGCACAAAUGCAAGCUGAUGUCUUUGAAAUGAUAAUCCAGGUAUCUUUAGCAAAUCAUGCAGCAAUGGCUUUCAGUGCUGUUUCCCUACGGGGAAAUAAAGCUUAGGGCUUACCAAUCACUAAACAGAAACAUGUGUUCGCAUUUGACAGUUGGUUGGAUUAUUCAUUUAAAAAUGACUAGAAGUUUCUAGCCAGAAACAUGAUUUUUUUUGUAAGACAAAAAUCUUGCUGAAAUUAGUUGUUUAUAUAUCACCAUAUCUCAUGGCCUAUUAUAUAAAAAUAUGGCUAUAAUUAUACAAUAAGAAAAGACAAAGAUGUUCCACUCAGAGAAUUUUAUUUUUCUAAGGUCCUUAUAGGAAACGCACACUUAAUGAAUUGAUGUCUUCAGGAAAUAACUUUAGCAGUUAAUGUUUAUUCCUGUUUGUAAUUGAUCAGAUUCACUUUGUUUUUCCAUUUGAAAUUACAUUUAUGCUAAUAUUGCUUUGAUUUUAUAGCAGGUUGACUUGUAAUUGCAUACAUUUUUAUAAUAAAAUAAUAUGUAUGUAAGAAUAGAAAAA